AUGACGCUUGAAGAUGAUACUGAGAUGGACACUUGGCACGUCAGCCUCAGGCUAUGCUUCAUCCUGUGGCUGGGUUGGAUCGACCUGGUGGUUUGCACCGUCGUGAUGCCCCUCCUAAUUAUCAGCAUGCUCUUCCCGUACAUGUUCCUCUCAGAGGCCGCGUGUAAGACCCUCCACUUCCUGCACGUGUUCUUCGUGGUCGCGUCCGCCUUCAUCGUGAUCACUAUCGCUAUUGAGCGCCACCGUCGGAUAUGUAACCCGUUUUCACCGGAAAUGUCUACCCGUAAAAUAAAAAUCAUGUGCGCGGUGGCGUCCGUCCUCGGGUGCUUCGUGGCGCUUCCGGAAAUAUUCGUAUACGGCGGCACCAUCGUAGAAACCGGGGUUAAAAACAUAAACGGGACGGAGUACUUCAUUGACCCGCGGAUGAAGGAUUCAAGUUUCCCCAAAGCGUAUUUCGUCUUGCAGCUGCUACUCAGCGUUUCAUGUAUGGUCGUCAUGGGGAUUUUCUACUUCCGGAUUGGUCGUACGAUUAUGUCACACCAUAAUUUUAUCAAGGAGAACACGUACAACGCCCAGGGCCCGCUCUCCAGAAACGACCAAAAAGCGAGAACUCCUCUGCUCGAUUUUCAUUGGACAAUUCUGAUUCUAAGAAAGACCCGUAUGGGAAGCUAUUCGGAUGCGUCAACGCCCAAAUCUCAGCGGAAGAACAGAGGAAAUAAUCGUUUGGCAACUCCACGUAGUGAAUCAAUAUCUAACAGAGGUCCAAGCUUGAGAACAAAGCAAGUGACCCUCAUAUUAUUCAUUAUCACUGUUGUGUUCGUGUUAAGCUUUAUACCACAUUUAAUACCAAUGGUUGCCAUAUCGUUCAAGUCCGAUUUUCUCAUGGAUAUGUCUCCGAUUGGUGUGGCAGUUUACAACAUAUUUCUACGAUCGUUUGUCAUCAACAACAUGGCCAACCCAAUAAUCUACGGUUUUUGUGACAAAAAGUUCCGGUCUGAAUGUUCUGCCGUCUGCUUAAGUUUCUUUUGCUGGUGUUGUAGACCAUAA